GGAUGCCUGACUACUGGACCACCUCAGGGUAGCAGCAAGACCAUGGCUGACUGAAACAGACGAAGGACAACAGGGGACCUGGGAUCCAGAGUUCAGGGGACUGCAGGAGACAAAGAAUAAUCCCUGGGCCAAGAAGCAGCCAAGCGAUCCAGACAAAGAUGUGGAACUCCAGAAACCUCUCGGUGGAACUCACAGAAAAACUCGGACUCCCCGUGACACUGCUUGAAAACCACAACCCCUGGCCAGCCUAUGUCACGUACACCUCUCCAGCAGUAAGGCGCCUCAUUGACAAAAGCAGGGCCCGGGACCUGGAGUGCAUUCAUUCUUAUGAGGAGACCUUCAAACCCACAAGGCUGAGUAAACCUAGUUUCAUGCAUCUGAAGAGGAAGAAGUCAUCCAAGUCCUCAGAGCUCAUGCUUAAGGAUGCCCUGUCCGAGUCCAGGCAAUCCACGUGGGAACCUUGCUCUGCCACAAACAUGAGUUCCACACUCCUUCCGGAACCUACACAAUCACAGAUGGAAGCCAGAGAGGGUCCCACGUCCAACUACAACAAGAUCAUCUUCUCCAGGAGGCCUGCGAUGAGGAAGAUCCCCUAUGGUUUACUGCAGGCCAGCAAGGAGCCCUGA